UCGUCAUAUAACACCGCUGAGGCUCCGCCUCCUUGGCGGAGUCAUAAGAACAUUUUUAUUGGAAAUUUGGUUGUAUUAAAAUACAAAGUGAGCACAGAGAGCAGGAGAGAAGACAGCAGAUCUAAACAUAAACUGAGUUUAGGUUGGACUGCUGCACAGCAUCAACUCAACACAGUCUGUGUUUAUUUGUUUUAAAUGAAAAUUUCCCCCAUCUCUGAAUGUCCCUCAGCUAUCCAAUUUCUACAUAACUCUGACAUGUGGGCAUAAAAUCAAAAUCAAUAAUAAUGUUAGCCACAUUAGCCACAAAACACACUAACACUGAGGAUUUUCCUAUUGUUGUGGGGAUGUUACUGUCAAAAUCAAAAGUAAUCCACUGGAUCAUCCAUUGUAUAGAUGUAUAGAGUGCAUGAGGUGUCCACUUUUGCAGCCAACAUUAGCACAUCUGUUGUGCUUUGUUCAUGGCUGAGACAUUUUAGAGUUAGCAGAAGCAGCUGUAGAAAGUAAAUAAACCAGGCGGACUAUUAGACAGAUGCUCAUUCUGAAGGAUUCAUCUAAAAGCAGUGAGAGGGAUUAUACAGCGUUUGAGCUGGACCUUAGUUGGGAAACAGCAGCUCAGUAAAAUUGUAACUGGCUUGUAAAGCUGGGAGGCUACCUAGUUACUUUAAUAUAUGUGACCUUUAAGUGGCUAAUGUUAUCAAACUUCUGAUACAUAUUAUUGUGUAACUAGCAGUGCUUCAUUUUUGGCUCUGCUGUACAUGUGCUACUGUUACACUGUGUUGUAGUACUUAACACUGUCUUUGCUUACUUUAAGCCAACAAGGAUAUGAAGUUCUAAAAGUGAAACGUAUUCUUUUACAACAGUUAUGCAUGUCUAACAGUACUGUUGCAUGACCACUGAGUUACCUCUACCUCUGCAUAAAGACCAUUUAAUACAGUUGAAGCGCUGAAAAAAUAAGUGGGUCUUGAUUUGAGAUUAUUUUGUUACAUUAUGUAUCACUGUUAUGACCCUUGUCUUAAAUGAUAACCUGAUAUCUCCAGAUUGGACAUUUUAGGAUAAACUGGGAGACCAAAAAACUGUGCAAAGUAAGUCAUAAGUAAGUAAGUACAUUACCACAUUUGGUAUGGACUGAUGAAACUCUCCUGCAUGUUAACCUGUUGUCAUUUUGAAUAUAGUUGCAUUGUUAACUGAGAACAGCUGGCAUUUAUUUGAGGAUACCGGCUCUUUUUUCAGAGUGUGAAAUUCUUCUUAGGCUUUAAAAAGUCUAAAAAUACCUCUUUGCAAAUCUUAGAACAAGGCUGUUUUUCCCGUUUCAUGAACAGUUUACAGUUCUCAGACACAUGGUUUCCACAGGACAGAGACCUAUGUAAAUCCAGUGUUCACACAAAGAGUGGAAAUGGGAGGUGGGAGCAAAAACAAAGAGCUUUCCUGUUGUUUAGCAAGACAGGAGAGCCGUCCUGGGCAGACGACAGGGAUGUUAUUCUGAUUUCUUCUGUCUGAUACCUGAGAUUUCAGUUUUUUUUAAAGGGGUGUACACCAGCUUCCAUUCACAUAUCUAAUGGGAGAUUCCUGCUGCUUUCCUGCUGCUGUUCCAGGAGGGUCAGGAGGGAAAGAGGAGUGAAAGAGAAGCAGACUGGAGAGAGAGAGAGAGGGAGAGGGAGAGAGAGAGCGACUCAGAGGUACAGAGGGAGUUUUAGCUGCUGAAGGAAAAGCAGAGUUUGUAGGAAGCAGAAAAUGGGACCAGCUGCCACCUUGCUCGCUCUCCUGUAUUUAUGUUCCCCAGGUGUGUGUGUUCCUACAGGGACGAACAACGCUGCACCAACACAGGCAUCUUCGCUGAAGGUGAAGAGGGCGAGAGGCGACUAUCCUGAUAUUCUACCAGAACCCGAACCAGAGCCAACCAGCCCAGUAUCAGACUUUGAAAACUCAUACAACUAUGUCUUGUCCAGACUAGCUGGCAUGGACCAGGCCAUCCACAAGUUAAAUGUCGGUCACUACACCCUGGAUGUUAAAGUCAGCCAGCUGAUGGAUCGUCUGUCCAGGAUGGAUGCUAAAGUUGGGGAGCUGGAGGACAGCAUCCGAGAAGUCUACCAGCACAGCAAGGACAACCGCAAGGAGAUUGGAAGACUAGAAGGCUGUGAGAAGGGACGUCGGGUGGGAUACAAAUGUUAUCUGGUGUACAAUAGCUACGAGGAUUACGCUGGAGCUUCCAGAAAGUGUCUGGAACGUGGAGGACGCAUGGCGAUGCCCCGCGACCGCAAGGAGCAGGAAGCCCUGGCUGAGUACGUCAAGGCCUUCUUUCAGCCAGGGAACUGGCCGGUGUGGUUGGGCAUCAACGAUCUGCGCUCUGAGGGCAUGUACCUCUUCGAUGAUGGGACCAGAGUUUCAUACUUCCAGUGGCGUAAACACUUCCUGUCCAGCCAACCGGACGGAGGGAGGCGGGAGAACUGUGUGGCCAUGUCGUCAGACGAUGGUGACUGGUGGGACCACUACUGCGAUCGGACCAUGAACUAUCUCUGUGAGUUUGAUGACAGAGUGGCUCUUUAAAAUGAACUCUUUUGCAAAUAUUCUUUCUCUGUCACAUUACUACUACUUUAAACUUUGAUAUCAGCUGUUACAUGUUAAAAAAUAAAAAGCCGUUUUACUUUUCAAAUAAUUUAUUUCCCUUUUAAAGACACAUACACCACCGUUCAAAAGUUUGGAGUCACUUAGAAAGGUCCGUAUUUUUGAAAGAAAAUACAUUUUUUUCAAUGAAGAUAACAUAAAAUUAAUCAGAAAUACAGUCUAGACAUUGUUAAUGUGGGAAAUGACUGUUCUAGCCGGAAACGACUGAUUUAUAAAGGAAAAUCCACAUAGGGGUACAGAGGUCGCCACCGUCACUCCUGUGUUCUAAUGAUACAUUGUGUUAGCUAAUGGUGUUGAAAGGCUAACUGAUGCUUAGAAAACGCUUGUGCAAUUAUGUUAGCACAUGAUUAAGUGUGAGUUUUCAUGGAAAACAUGAAAUUGUCUGGGUAACCCCAAACAUUUUGAACGGUAGUGUACCUGGGAUACCCAGGAAUGUUUUAAUAUAAAUAUCCAUCAUCAUUUCAUUUAAGUAUGCAAUUAGCGCAUCUUGCAGCAUGGAAACAUUUUCCGUGAAAAUAUUCACGGUUUUAGGUUUUUACAGAAUUAUGCUUCAAAUGCGCACAAAUUCCUGUCUUGCUAUUGAGGUUCAGCACUGAAUAAGUCUUUAUCAGACUUUGUUAGUGUUAUGAUAUUAUCCAUGCAGCUCAGGUAAUAUGAAUGUAAGCCAGUCAGGACCCUAUGAUUUCAUUCACGGAAUUCAAAACAUUUCCAAGAAAGGAAAAAUGCGAGGCUGGAGGCGCUUUCUGUAGAAUCAGCACUUAUCGUCUUGAAGAUAUAAAUCAGUGCAUAUGGGCUUUACAAGAAUUAGGUAGUGGUUCUCUGUUACUUACUGAUGAUGUUUUACUAUGAUCUGGCACAGGGCCAGACUCCAGUCAAGGUGCUGAUUAUCCAUCAUGUUUGGCCAUAGCAGAACAAUAUUUAUAGAGCUAUAGUCUCACUUCUGAUUCUCCUUUCAACACCCUAAAAUGAUACAUGACCAUGUGCAAAUGUAUUUGAAGAUCCUACUGUAUAUCAAACAAAAAAGUUGUACUGAACAUAGGAGGCUAUUUUUUUUAUUAUUAAAUGUUUACUAAAAGUUGACAUGGAUUACAGUAUCAUUUUCUGAUCCAACAACGUUCAAAGUUAAAAGAUUUGCUUCCUCAGUAGAUUCAGUAUUCACAUCACUGUAACCCUGAGUGCUUCAUUCAAAGAUAAGUGGACUUCUUUUUUGGUUCUUGAAAAUGUUUCACCUCUCUUCCUAAUAGGCUUCUCUUAGUAGAUUCUAGACAGUUCUCUCAACAGAAGUGGAUCUACAGCACUGCUUAUCAGGUACUUAUAUUGCAGUCGUGAGAUCCCUCACCAGCCAGUUUCACAUCUAUUUACAUCUUGAGUCAUGAGUCAGUUUCAUUAUUACUCAAACCUCAAGGCAUAUGAAUCUUUGGGUGAUUCACAGGCUAUAUGCCCUUCUGAUUUGGAGGAAAGAAUUAAUAGCUAGAACACCAGUUAGCCAGAACUGAGGAAGAGAGUCCAGUUGCCUUUAACUGAAGCACUUAGGAUCAGAAGAGCUGGGUAUCUUUUUUUAAAUACCAGUGCUGGUAAAAUACAAUGAGUUUUAGUGCCAACACCAAAAUAAAACAUCUGAUAUCUCA